AGUUAGACUCUGUUAGACUCUUGUCUGUACUCUUACCUUCACAAGAUAGGAAAAGAGUAAGAAAAAGAGAAUGGCCCUGAUUGUCAUAUUUAUUAACUUCGCUGCGAUCUUAUACCGAGUAGAAUCCACCGUGGCGACCUCUUCAACGCUAGACCCGACCACUCAAACUUCUUCUUCACAUUUCUUGGCUGUAAGUUCAAUGUCGUCAUCAUUUUCAACAGCUGGAUUGACAUCUAUAGACAUUACACCUACCUUUACCUCCUCCUCGCCGAAGACGCCGGAUGAUGCUAGUUUACCAUAUUCAAGCCAAACAUCAUCUUCCAACCUGUCUUCAAGUACAUCGGCUACCGUUUCAUUGUCUACGAUAUCCGUCAUGGAAAAUUCAUCAUAUUCAAGCCAAACACCAUCUUCCAACCUGUCUUUAAGUACAUCGGCUACCGUUUCAUUGUCUACGAUAUCCGUCACGGAAAAUUCAUCAUAUUCAAGCCAAACAUCAUCUUCCAACCUGUCUUCAAGUACAUCGGCUACCGUUUCAUUGUCUACGAUAUCCGUCAUGGAAAAUUCAUCAUAUUCAAGCCAAACACCAUCUUCCAACCUGUCUUUAAGUACAUCGGCUACCGUUUCAUUGUCUACGAUAUCCGUCACGGAAAAUUCAUCAUAUUCAAGCCAAACAUCAUCUUCCAACCUGUCUUUAAGUACAUCGGCUACCGUUUCAUUGUCUACGAUAUCCGUCAUGGAAAAUUCAUCAUAUUCAAGCCAAACAUCAUCUUCCAACCUGUCUUUAAGUACAUCGGCUACCGUUUCAUUCAAUGAAUCCUCUAAUUCAUUGUCGACCGUCAUAGCAAGUUCAAAUACAUCUGGAGUAUUAUCAUCUACAAUGUCACUAACUUCACCUUCUUCAACAUUAAGUUCCCUGCCUACGGCGGUAGGAGUGGCUAGUUCAUCAUCUUCAAGUCUUUCCAACGAGCAAUCAACAUCAUCUGGAAUAAUAUCAUCCAUGGUGCAAGAACCUAAAACUUCUUCAACAUUGAGUCCCUUGCCUUCAACAUCACAAGUGUCCAGUUUAUUAUCUCCAAGUCCUUCCAUCAUUUCGUCAUUAAGUAUAUUACCACAAGCUUUACCUUCUUCUUUACCUUCUUCCUUGCCUACAUCACCACAAGUGUCCAGUUUGUUAUCUCCAAGUCCUUCCAUCAUUUCGUCAUCAAGUGCGUUACCUGGAAUAACCUCAUCCGCUGUGUCACAAGCUGAAGCUUCUUCAUCAAUGAGUACCUUUGCUACAUCAUCACAAAUGGCCAGUUCAUCAUCUCCAAGUCCUUUAAUCAGUACAUCACCAAGUGCAUUACCUCUAACAUCAUCCACAGAGCUACACGCUUUACCUUCUUCAUCAAUGAGUGCCGUAGCUACAUCCUCACAAAUGGCCAUUCGAUCAUCUCCAGGUCCUUCAAUAAGUAGAUAUCCAAGUACAUUACCUGGAAUUACAUCAUCUACAGUGCCAAAAGUUGUAACUUCUUUAUCAAUUAGUUCCUUGCCUUCAACAUCACAAGUGGCCAGUUCAUCAUCAUUUCUAAGUCCUUCCAUCAGUUCAUCUUCAAGUACAUUACCUGGAAUUACAUCAUCCACAGUGCCACAAGCUGUAUCUUCUUCAUCAAUGAGUUCCUUGCCUACAUCAUCACAAGUGGUUAGUUCAUCAUCUUCAAGUCCUUCAAUUAGUCCAUCUUCAAGUACAUUACCUGGAAUUACAUCAUCUACAGUACCAUCUCCAAUUUUCUUGUCUACAACGUCAGUGAAAGCAAGUUUAUCAUCUUCAAGGUCCUUGUCAUUGACUUUUAUACCCACCGUCAUGCCUUCUUCGAGUCAACUAGCAACCAGAGUAAAUGGUUUUAGUUCAACGAUUCUUCACCCUACGAGUACUACAGCUGUACCAAGCCUGUCUUCGAGUUCAGUUGUUCCUUACACAGCCGUCAACAACACAGUUACCAAGGAGCAAAAAGCCGAUGCGAUAGAACUAAUCUUCCAGAACACUUCAUUAUCAAACUGGAACGAGGGGAUGAAGGACAAAGUCUUACAGGCGAUAGUUGAUAGUAUUGUGAAAUACUGCAGAAGUGAGUCCACAGCUUCAAAAUGUAAAGCCAAACAAGAAAACAGAAGAAAAAGACGUUCUGCUUCACCAACAACAAGUACUUUUAAUAUUACGAAGGACAACAUAAAAUUCUUACCCGGGUACCCUAAGGAGGUAAACGGACAGCUCGUUCUUGCCUUCUUUGUCGAGUUACCUAAUGGAGCAGCACUUCCGACUGGUAACACCACGAACGUUGCAAUGGCGAUACCGAAAGAGGCCAUCUUAUCGGCGAUUCGGGAUUCAAUUCAAAAGAUUGAAGAAGCCUCUGGAAAGAAGAUUUCUAAGUUGUCCACGUUCGAAGAACCGCGGACUAAUACGGAUGGGGAGAAAGACAAUACUGUGGAGCUUGUAAUUGGGACUUUCUUUGGAGCUCUUUUCUCGAUAGUGAUUACCGCUAUUUUCGUGAAGAUAGUCAAGAGUAAAAAAUCCAGAAGGCAAAAGAUAUCACCUCAAGGGAAUGAUGAGACAGAUGAUAGAAUAGCUGGUAAUACAUUAAUCACUCAUGACGUGGAGAAUGAAGGAUGUGAAUCCAGUACGAAAAAAGUGGAAGUUAUCAAUGUACAGGUUCUGAACUCGAAUCCAUCGUAAUUACUCAUAACUAUGAUUCUUAGAACGAGAUGCCUUAGAGCAGUUUUCGUAUAGACAUAGACAUAGACAUAGACAUAGAUUUAUUUUUGGUACCUGUGAAAAGCUUGGUGCCGUAUGCGUGCCUUGCCGCGACCGUGAUGUUUUUUAGCAUUUUGAAUGGCUGAUUUUUUCAUUGCGCAAUUUGAUUGGUCUGGCUGUGUCGUGACUUUGGCGUGAUUUUGUCCGCGCCGUAUUCGUGCCGUGUUUCGGAAGUAAAUUCUCGGCCAAUGUGAUUGGUUUGGCGUAUGCCUUGCAGUGUCACGACCGCGCUUGUGCCGUGAGCUUAUCACAGUCAUACGGAAACUGCUCUAAAAUGGCAAAUACACCUUAUAUGGUAAACGGUGCCUUAAAAGGACAUGUAUUUGAAGACCAUGGGUUGCAUUUUUUGUUGAAAACAUUACUAUAUAUGGCAUAAACUCUAUGGCUUCGUAGCGAAUUGUUGGAAGAUUGUAGCGAAGUAUCGACUUCAUGUGACGUAACACGUAAGAAUAUACCUUGCAUGCAUUUUCGAAGACAUUCAAUAUACUUUAAACAAGUAGGACCAAAUGUGUGGACCAAGUAUACUGGACCAAAUGUAUAUAGUGGGAAAGUAAGAACCACUGAAUAAGGACCAAUGAUUAAGUGUGGAUUAAGUAAUAAGAAGUGUGCGUGGAAGUAAUGCGGCAGAUUUCGUGACAAUUGAAAUUCAUGUCACGGUCACGCCUAUUGGUGGUGUGCAUCCUUUUCCAUGAAAAUAAAAGGACAAAAGACGUG